GGGGUAAGUGCGCAUCAGGUAUGUUACUAGUGUAGGUGUAACAUCAUGUACUGUACGUUGGUUUGCUGAUAGGCAGACGCAUAAGUAUGUUUCUAUGAAGGAGCUCCGGUGGAUCUCCGGCAUCGGGUCCGGGGUCGGGAUCCAUCGGGGGGCUGCCACCGGGGCGGCCCCGCCGGGGUUGUUGUAUAGGCGGCUGAAAUCUGUCACUUUAACAAAGAAAUCAGGCGGAUUGUUCCACUUCACAGCCUUACAAGUGUUUUUCCCUGGUCGUCGCUGCGCUGUCUUUGUAUCGUCACAAGCUGCUGCUCAUAAUACAUAAGCCAUAAGCCGUGUGAUGGAGGAUAGGCUUUAUGCUGGGAUCCUUCUACAAAAGUUCCGAUGCCGGCCGUUGGUCUGUACAAAUCCCCAGAAUCCAACGCGGAUCACAAUCGGCGCCCGCACUGCGUUAUCAAUGUAUCAUUGCCCGGCACCGCACUGUUGCAGC